AUGGCAUCGCAACUUAUCGCCCUAAUAUUGUGGUUAUGUGGAAAUGUGCAUGGACUCCGCGACAUUCAGAUCACGGUACCGGAGGCGGUUGGAGUCGGCUCGAACGCAAUUUUGGGCUGCCGCUGGGCGCUGGAUACAGGAGAAGCGCUGUACACCGUGAAAUGGUAUCACGGAGCCCAGGAGUUUUUUCGUUUCGUGCCAAAGGAACUGCCAAAUACUAGAGUUUUCUCCCAAACUGGCAUUAAUGUUGAUGUAUCAAGAUCAGGAGCACAACAAGUUGUGCUUCGCGAGGCAACUAGGGGCCUCAGUGGACGCUAUCGUUGCGAAGUGUCAGCGGAUGCUCCUUUUUUUCACACUAUUUACAAGAGCGCAUUCAUGCGUGUUAUAGAUUUACCCGUAUCGAAACCAAAGCUUCGUGCACAAAAGAGCUGGUAUUCUGUGGGGGAUAUGCUACGUGCUAAUUGCACUUCGCCACCUGCAGACCCUCCAGCCAAUCUCACGUGGCUUGUCAAUGGAUACGAGGUCAAAGGACUCGAUAUACCAGUGAUAGACUCUUAUGAAGGAAGAAAGCAUGCACUUAGUGACUCGUCGCUUGAAGACGCGAACAGAAUUAUAUUUAGUCCAUGGGACGCAAUAUCUGGUUACGAGGAGGCGGUAACCGACAAUGUAAUAGACAUUCCGGGGAAUAUUGGUGGCAUACAAGGCUCGCCCAAUGUGGAAAAUAAUCAUAAAACCAAAAGCGAAACCACAAUGCAGCUGGCUUCGAGAUAUGAUGACGUAUCAAGUAAAUUUAACAUCAGUGCCGACGAUGACCGAUGCAAUAAAUCAUCCACGUUUAGUCAACUUGUGCUCAGAGUACAGCCCACCCAUUUUCAAAAGGGUCGUUUAAAUGUAACGUGUGUCGCCCGCAUACUAUCAGUAUGGUCUGCCAAUGAAGUACUACUUUUAGACGAGGAAAGACCUAAAAUAGCACCUGUUAUGGGAAGUCGUGACUCUACUUCUGGAGCUCUCCGACACAUAUUAGUUAGAAAUGCGGGAGUCUUAUCUGUAUUCAACUGUGUAAUCUAUUACAAAAUGGUCAAUACGAUGAUUGCGACCGCGCAUUUG